UGCGAACGCUUAGAUUUAUGUGUUAAAACAUUGAGAAAAUAUAAUAUAUAAAAAACUAGACGCGCCAUCUUAGAGGGACGGUUUUUAGCAGACCUAUCGGCUAUACCGCGUACCGGUACUGCUUUGCUUGUCCUUUUGGCGGGGCAAUACCAAUGGCCUUCAGGUGUGGACAAAGAAACGUACAAGAGUAAUUCAUAAAAGUCGUUUUGCAAGUUAACCCCUUGUGUCGUUUGACUGACAAAUAGAGGUUGGUAUAUACCCAGACCUUCUCCUUUUCCAGUGGUGAGUAGAUUGACAAAAACAAAAAAGGGCCUCGUUUUUCUUUGGACCUUUGUACGACAGCAGGUAUACUAAAACUUUCUAACAUAUUUUUUUAAUUCCCAAAAACCACUUUUACCGGUGCUCUCAUUGACAGUCAUGGAGUCCGGUGCAUCUUCGAUCGAGGAGUCUCCUCUGGUUUGCCGAAUGUAUGAAGAACCCUAUCCGGAAGUCGAUCAGGUGGUGAUGGUCAAGGUGAAGCAAAUCGCAGAGAUGGGUGCUUUUGUGACGCUGUUAGAAUACAACAAUAUAGAGGGCAUGAUUUUGCUCAGUGAGCUUUCAAGAAAGCGUAUUCGAUCUGUGAAGCGCGAAAUUAGCGUCAACCAGGAACAAGUUGCUGUGGUAUUACGCGUCGACAAGGAGAAAGGAUAUAUAGAUUUGUCCAAGCGCCGAGUAUCCCAAGAAGACAUCAAGAAAAUGGGUGAAAAGUACUACAAAAGCAAAACGGUCCAUUCAAUUAUGAAGCAUAUUGCGGAUACGGAAGGCGUUCGAGUUGAAGAGUUGUAUAAGAUGUUUGGCUGGCCCUUGUAUAGGACAUUUGGACAUGCGUUUGACGCCUUCAAAAUGGCCCUUCAAGACCCUGAUAAGGCAUUUGGACAGCAUCUCCCAAAGGGGCACCUCCGAACGGUCGUGUUGAAAAAUAUCGAACGUCGUUUGACUCCGCGUCCAGUUCGUAUUCGCGCUGAAAUAGAACUUACGUGCUUCUCAUAUGAAGGCGUCGAAAUGAUCAAGGAAGCCUUGCGAGAAGGGGAAGCCUGCGGAACACCUGAGAUUCCAAUUUCCAUCACCUUACUCGCGCCCCCUCAGUAUUUGCUUCAAAGUAGCAGUCUCAACCACGAAAAGGGAAUUCAACUGUUAGAAAAGGCGAUUAGUGUGAUUCAAGCUAAAAUUACUGAACAUCACGGUAAGCUGACCGUCAAAUCGUCACCGCGUUCUGUCACUGAAGCAGAUCAAGAAAAACUUCAGACCUUGAUGGAUGACUUAGAAAGAGCCAAUCAAGAAGUUGACGGAGACUACGAUGAUUCUGAUGAAGAAUCAAGUUUUGAAGAAGGCGUAGCAGAAGAGUAAAACAACAUGGUUACCAAAGUUUAUGGUUGCAAGAAAUACAAUAUGAACCGGAUUAAUCGCGUGCGGAUAGGAAAACUGCAAUAGCUGCUGUUUAAAAAGCAAAUUCAAAUUUUGUUAAUAAAUGCAAAUAAUGUACCCACUUUUUUUUCUGUACUAAGACUUUCAUUAGAAGCAGCUUAAA